GUUCGCAUGGAGACGAUAGCAGAAUCUUUGCGAUUAGUAUCAAAUUUCGGGAUCUAGCUCUUUAAAAAAAACGUAUAAAAGAUUGAGCAUUGAAAGGUGCGAAACUCACUGUGGCAAAAGUGCCGAUUGGGUUUGGUAACGUGUUACGGUAGCUCCAAAAGGAUUUGUGUGAAGUGUUUUGUUACCUCUAGAAAGGUACAAACAGACGAAAAGCAUAAUAGUGUAACGUAUUUAUGUGGUGCAGUGACUGGGAUACUCUACAGAAAAAAACGAAGAAAAAACAGCAUCAAAAUUUCAUGAUGGUACUGAAAGUUGGUGGCAGUUGGAAGCAGUUGAUUGUGUUGCUGUUCGCAAUGGCUAGCUGUUGCGUUGCCGCACCUGCCAACGGUUUGGCGGUGUUUGCUGACAAUUCGCUGUGUCCGGAACCGAGAUGUGUAACGUACGAGGAAAUCAACACGCUCUGGACGAUACCGGAUCCGGCCUAUUUCCUCCAGUGUCGUCCAGAUGUAACCGGUGACUGGUCAUUGGAGCAGAUGCCCUGCGCACCUGCAACGCUGUUCAGCUUUAGGCAUCAGGUAUGCGUCCAUGUCGAGUACUGGGAGGGAUGCGACGGUUCAACACCUUCAACACUCCCAACCACGGCCGAAACGACCGAAGAUCCAGGCACUACAGAAAUAACGCCAGAAGUAACGCCAGAAGUAACGCCAGAAGUAACACCUGAAGUAACACCAGAAGUAACGCCAGAAGUAACGCCAGAAGUCACACCUGAAGUAACACCUGAAGUAACGCCAGAAGUCACACCUGAAGUAACGCCAGAAGUAACACCAGAUGCAACGCCAGACGCAACGCCAGGAUUGGAUCCGUGUGGUGCACCGGAGUGUGACACCUACGUACAUAUCAAUACCCUUUGGACGCAUCCAUCGUACGACUACUUCUACCAGUGUCACCCGAUCAAUGGAAUUUGGGAACCGAUCGCGAUGCCGUGCGCACCGCCGACAUUGUUUAGCUUCCGGCAGCAGGUGUGCGUACUGCCGGAGUAUUGGGAAACACCCGACUGUGUUGUUGUUAUGAGCCAAUUAUCAAUCGGCUAAGUGAAUCAG